AUGAUAUUAUAAAAAGAAUAUUUUAGAGACAUAAAAGACUUAAUAAACUCUUCUCUUUUAUCUCACACAAAUCUUAGAAUUGGUCUUGCUUAGAGUCAAAUUGAUGCAUAGGGUGCAAUCGAGUUAGGUUCAGCUAUAUCAAAAUGCAUUAACCUCUCAACUUUAACACUUAACCUUAGUUGGAAUUAAAUUGGAAGAGAGGGUAUGUUAGAUUUAGGCUCUAGUUUAGCUAAGUGCACUAACCUCUAAAAUUUAUCACUCUACUUAAGGAAGAAUAAUAUAGGUGAAUAAGGUACUUCAGAUUUAUGUUCUGGUUUAGGAAAAUGUGUUAAACUCUCAACCUUGAAACUUGACAUUAGCUAUAAUGAAAUUGGCGCAUAGGGUGCAUCAUAUUUAGGUUCUAUUUUAGUAAAUUACACUAACCUCUCAACACUAAAUCUCUUCCUUAUUCAGAACGAAAUUGGCUAAAAAGGUGCUUUAGAACUAGGUUAAGGCUUAGAAAAAUGUACAAAUCUCUCAACUUUAAUACUUGAUAUUAGUGGCCAGAAUUAAAUUGGUACGAACGGUGCAUCAGACAUAGUUUUAGCUUUAGCAAAGUGUACUAAUCUCUCAAAUUUGGUACUAAAUUUAUUAGGGAAUAUGAUUCAUCCAUUAGGAGCAAAAAACUUAGGUUCUGCUUUAAUAAAAUGCACUAAGCUCUCUAAUUUAAAACUAAACCUUAGAGACAAUAAAAUAGGUGAUUAAGGUUUAUUAGAUUUAUUUUCUGGUUUAUUAAAGUGCUUUCACCUUAAAAUUAUGACACUCGAUCUUAGUGGAGAAAAUAAACUUACUUAUAUGGUCUUAUCAAAAUAAUUAAAAUCAAGAAUAAAGAUUCUUAAGAUAAUGAGAUUAGUUAGCUUUAAAAUUUAUUUAUUAAUUUCAGAUACUUAUUGA